AUGGCGCUUAAAGGUACCGAUAUUGACCUUACGCACUUCCCCAACCGCCCGCAGUUCGCUGGAUUCAUGAAGCCUUGCCGGGUGGAGGGGGAAACAUCGCAGCUAGAGGUCUACGGCACAGUUCCAUCGGAUAUAGAUGGCACUUUCUUCCGCGUGAUGCCGGAUCCUCAGUUGCCUCCAUUCAUCGAAAAUGAUCCGUGGUUCAAUGGGGAUGGAAAUGUGAGCGCAUUCUCGAUCCAGAAUGGUAAGGUCUCUUUCCGGCAGCGUUUUGUCCGGACAGAGAAAUUCAUACGCGAGAGGGACGCCGGAAGGGCAUUACUUGGUAAAUAUCGGAACAAAUUCACCGACGCCGUCGAGUUCAAGGUCCGAUCAACCGCCAACACGAAUGUGGUCUACUUUAAUGGCAAUCUCCUGGCUCUCAAGGAAGAUUCCCCUCCAUAUGCGAUGGAUCCCAACAUUCUGGAGACACGAGGACUAUACACCUUUGACGGCCAGCUACCCAGUAUGACCUUUACAGCCCACCCUAAAUUCGAUCCCAAGACGGGUGAGAUGAUCUGUUUUGGAUAUGAAGCCAAGGGAGACGGGACGCCAGAUGUCUGCUACUACACCAUUGGCCCCGAUGGCCAGUUUAAGGACGUUGUAUGGCUUACUGCACCGGUGGUGGCCAUGAUUCAUGAUUUCGCCGUGACUGAGAACUGGGUUCUCUUCCCAAUCAUACCCCAGGUCUGCGAUAUAGAGCGGAUGAAGCAAGGUGGGGAGCAUUGGCAAUGGAGUCCCGAAACCCCCUUCUACGUGGGAAUUCUGCCCCGUCGGAGAGCUAAGUCUACCGACGUCAAGUGGCUGCGCUACCAUAACUCCUUCCCUGGGCACGUUGCCAACGCCUACGAAGAACCGUCGGGCAAGAUCAUCCUUGACAUCGGCCUCAGCGAGCAAAAUGUCUUCUUCUGGUGGCCCGACGCUCAGGGAAAUGCCCCUGAACCAAGCUCCAUCGAGUCUCGACUCACUCGGUUCACCAUCGACCCAACCUCAACUGACCUGACACUCUCCAAUCCCCAAGUCUUGCAGACGAAUAACUCGGAAUUCUACCGCAUUGAUGACCGGUUCGCCACCCAACCCUACCGACACUGUUAUUUUGACCUCAUGGUUCCCGACCGGACGGACUUUGCGCAGGUCAUGCCGAAGUUGGGUGGUGGAUAUCCGCUCUACAACUCUUUGGCCCAUCUGGAUAUCUCCACGGGAGAACUGGAGGUCUACUCUCCUGGAGAGACUCAUAUGGUGCAGGAGCCGGUCUUUGUCCCUCGUAAAGGAGCCGCCACCGAAGGAGAUGGUUAUGUUAUUGCGUUGGUGAACAACUACUCCACCAUGCUGAGUGAGCUUCAUCUCUUGGAUACGAGGGAUUUCACCAAGGCACAAGCUGUGAUCCUGUUGCCCUUGAAGCUGAGGCCAGGGUUGCAUGGUACCUGGGUGGACCGAGAGGAUAUGCAGUAG